AGUGAGCGGAGGAGACGACAGUGGCUGCCUGCCAUUAACCGAUCAAAUUUAGGACAACUUGACUGUAUCCGGAUUUGUUCUGAUCACUUUGUGACUGUAAACCACCCUAUUUAAGGAGGGAGAGCGAGAGCAGAGGGAGAACCGGACGAGAGGCUGUGUGUGUGUGUGUGUGUGUGUGUCUCUCUCGCGCUAGUGAAAACAGUGUUGCAACUCUGAAAAGUGUGGCAAUAAAGCCGGUUAACAAACCUGAUCUCUGUCCUGCCGUCCUCUGUGCUCCACCCACACGCGAUUCACGCUACAGUGGUGCUGAAACCCGGGACCGUGGAGCACCUGUCCUGCAGCCCCAUGGAAUCCUCCCCGUUCGCGGACUUGGUCCACGCCCUCGCCACGGCCCAGCAGAGCCAGCACCAGGCGCUCGUUACACUCCGGAAGGAGCAGGAGCGCCGCUUCGAAGCCCUGGUACUGGCUCAACAGGAAGACCGCGAGGCGUUCCGGCGCCUCCUCGCGUCGGCGGGGUCCACCAGCGCCCCGGCCGCGGGCCCAUCUCCCAUCACCUUGACUAAGAUGGGCCCGCAGGACGACCCCGAGGCGUUCAUCGCAUUAUUCGAACAGGUCGCCGAAGCCUCGGGGUGGCCGAUGGAACAGCGCGCGGCGCGCCUCCUCCCCCUCCUGAUGGGAGAGGCGCAGUUAGCCGCACUACAGCUCCCCGCCGACCACCGGCUGGCCUACGCCGACCUUCGCCGGGCUGUCCUCCAGCGCGUGGGGCGCACGCCGGAGCAGCAGCGCCAGCGCUUCCGCACGCUGCGAAUGGAGGAAGUCGGCAGCCCGUUUGCGUUCGGCCAGCAGCUCCGGGACGCCUGCUGGCGGUGGCUGAGGGCCGAAGAUCGCGACGCCGAGGGGAUCAUCGACCAGGUGGCGCUGGAGCAGUUCGUCGCCCGCCUACCCGCCGGAACCGCGGAGUGGGUCCAGUGCCACCGCCCGGCGUCGCUGGAUCAGGCCGUAGGACUGGCGGAGGAUCAUCUGGCGGCUGUCCCGGCGGCAGGACAACGGAUGUCUUCUUCUCUCUCCUCUUCUCUCUCUCUCUCUCUUCCCCCUCCUCCCGUGUCCCGUCCUCGCCCCAUUCCCCCACCACGGAGACGGGGGCCGGCCCCACCCCAGCCGGCCCGCCGCACCCGUGGUGCCCUCCCGUUUCUCCCUUCUAUGUCUGUCUCUCCCCCCCCUCAGGUGAGUGACCCCCAGUCCACAGCUGCAGAGGGGAGGCCCGGGCCGGUUUGCUGGCGCUGCGGGGAACCGGGCCACCUGCAGCAACAGUGUGCCGCGAUGGAGGUGGGGGCGGUGGUGCGGAUCCCCGACGCGCCAGAGGCUGCCCUCGAUCAGGCCGGAGCAUAUCGCAUACCGUAAACCGCCCUAUUUAAGGAGGGAGAGCGAGAGCAGAGGGAGAACCGGACGAGACGCUGUGUGUGUGUGUGUGUGUGUGUCUCUCGCGCUAGUGAAAACAGUGUUGCAACUCUGAAAAGUGUGGCAAUAAAGCCGGUUAACAAACCUGAUCUCUGUCCUGCCGUCCUCUGUGCUCCACCCACACGCGAUU